AUGGGCUUCAGUCAGCGUCAGAUCGAAGUUCAGCUCAACACAAGGAUAGAAAACAGAAAGUGAUGGGUCGUCGGCUCCUUCGGAACUCUGAAGAAGGUCCAGAAAGAGCUGCCGGAGGAUCGUCGGAUGUGCCUCCGCCGACAGAUGUCGCGCUUUUUUCGGCUCCGUCCUCGCCGCCGCUCCGGUGAUGUGCACAUGUUUCAGGCCUGACGCUAACGAAUUGUUUGGCGACGCCGAUUGCCUUCAAGUGGACUUGAGUACGGCUAAUUGGCCAUCUGAUAAUGGCAUGAAAUCCACCCCAAUCUUGGCUUCGUUUCGAAAUGUUCAAAUUGUCUUUCAUCCUGUCAGCUUUUCCAGCUUCUGA